AAUUAAGUGUAAAAAAAAAAGUGUCACUGUCAGUCCGAAACGUCCACUCCAAACUCCAUUCAUUCCAAUGAAUGAUUAUACUCUGCAAUACUGCAUCAUUCAUUGUAGAUCGUAUCGUAGUAAGUGGUCUUUGCCGUCUUUGUCUACUACCUAGCUAUGCUGUGCAUGAUGAUUUCAGAGUUUUAUCAAUAAAAUCAACAUCAACAACUCGUGUAUCUAAGGGAUCCUCAAUAAGUGUUUUUUGUAAUUAUAGAUAUGUUUUCAAGAGUAGUUGAAAAUGUGUUACACCGAUUUGCUUGUAAAUGUGUUAAAAUCAAGAAUUUUAGCAGUUUAUUACAAACGAGAUAUAAGGUGUCUAAUGACUCUGAAACAGAACCAAGUGCUUUAGAAAAGGCGUCACAAGAUUUGUCUGAAUUAACCCCAUACUAUCCAAAGUCUUUUAACCUAGCCGGAUAUGUAAAUAGUUCUGAAACAUUGCAGAAAUUAAUUCAGUUAAAUGUGAAUCUAAGCAAAAUAGAAAGAAAACCUUACCAUGCCGAAAAGCUUCUUAAAUUGGACUUUGAAAGAAAUAUCAAAGAACACCUUUUAUUUCUUAAAGAUUUUGUUAUUUUCGAGGAGCUCGGCAGCUUUAUUACGAAGAAUUCACUUAUUCUUAGUGAGCCAUUAGAAGACCUUAAAGUAAGGAUAAAUUACUUACAAUCCAAAUGUUUUUCGGAGAAUCAAAUACAGCAAAUUAUCACAAGAAACCCAUUUUGGCUUAUGUUCACGACAACAAGAAUAGACAGAAGAUUAGGAUUUUUUCAAGAUAAAUUUUUAUUACAUGGUAAGGAAGUGAGAUUAGUGGCAUCCAAGCAGCCAAAACUAAUUACCUAUAGUCUUCACAAUGUUAGGACUAAUAUGUUUGCCUUGAAAGAGGAGAUGGGUUUUGAUCAACAUGAACUUAAGCAGUUGCUUUUGAAGAAACCAAGGCUAUAUAUGAUCAAUCAGAAGACGCUUCUAGAAAGAUUUAAUUACAUACACAACACAAUGCAAGUAUCUCACCAAAGGAUAUUGGAAGAACCAGAAGUACUAUUAAGUAGGAACUUUAGAAUCAAGCAGCGUCAUCUAUUCUUACAAAGACUUGGAAGAGCUCAGUAUGACCCAAAGAAAGAAAACUAUGUUCCGAUUAUAAAACUGGUUGAAGGUACCGAUGCAGAGUUUUGUAAACAGUAUGCAAAAUGCAAUGUUUUAGAUUAUAAUUUAUUUCUUAAAACAUUAUAAAAUACAUAGUUUAACCAGUUUUUCCUAGUAACAUUUUGUUUUGAAAUGCAUUUACUGAAUGGUACAACAGUGUAUCAAAUAUUCCUGCCACAGUAAAUACUCCUCCUACUAUUGCACAGAUGUUAGUUGCAAAAUGACCAAUAGACCUGAAAAAAUUAAACACAUUGAUUUCAUAUUCCAUUAACAAAGUAUGUAAGAACAUCUGAUGUAUUAAUCACCUUUCUUUUUCUGUAUAUUUGACCAUCAAUGGUGACAGUUCAUAUGUGAAAAAUGCCCCCGGCAUUCCAGAUUCCGAAUGCACUUGGCUAGACUUCUGGUGUCUGGUUACUGAAAACUGAUUUGUGUACAAAACUGUACCAUCUAAUUUUACAUAUACUGUUGGAACAAUUUUUAUGUAGUAUUGGAACAUCACAGCACCUGUAACAAAAAUAAAUAUAUAUAAAAGGCUUAUUAAAGUAUUAAAUCUA